GAAAAGAGGGGAUAAAAAGAAUUCUCAAGAACACGGUCGAGUGUAUCGUCGUGUAUCUUUUUCUUUGGUUAUUGUCGAAUUUUAAUUAAAAACAUUUAAAAAACCAAUAAAAAUUAGUUAUUCGUGCGUGUGGUUAGUGUAUAGUGAUGGCAUCGGACGAGGAAGUGGAUGAAUCUUUCGCCGGGGAGGAAGAUGCCCCCGAGGACACGGGGGAGCAAGCCGACAAUGACCAGGAUUCCGAAGAUGCUCUGCCUAAAGGAGGGGUAAAGGACGACGAUGACGACUUCGAACCGGAAGACGCUAGGAAAAAGAAAAAGGGAAAGAAACGAAAAGCUAGAGGCGAAGAGAAAAAGGGCAAGAAAAAGAAGAAAAAGCGUAAGAAUGACAGUGGAGAUGAAAGCGAUUUUGUUGAAGAAGAAAACGGAGCUGGGGAUUCAGAUUACGGCGGUAGUAGCAGCAAAAGGGGGAGAAAGAAGGGUUCCACCAAACAUUCUUCAUCAUCUUCAACACCUACACCUGCGAAUGAAUCUAGUGGAGCUGGAGGUAUGCCUACCAUCGAACAAGUCUGUUCGACAUUUGGACUCACAGACGUCGACAUCGAUUAUUCAGAAGCGGAUAUGCAGAAUUUGAUCAGUUACAAAUUGUUUCAGCAACACGUCAGACCUUUUCUCGCUAAAGAAAACCCCAAGGUACCAAUGUCCAAAUUGAUGAUGCUGGUAGCCGCAAAGUGGCGCGAAUUUUCGAACAUCAAUCCGAAUUUGCAAAGCGAAAACGAACCGUCAACAGCACCUUCCACCACAUCUGAAGAAAGUUAUCCCAAAUCGAAUCGCUCGAGGGCUUCCAAAGAAGCCGCUCAAAAAAUCGUCGAAGCCGAUUCCGAACCGUACGACGAAGACGACGAUUUCGAUGACGACGAAGAUAAAGAGGAUAAAUCGAAAAAGAAACGCGGCUCCAGAGGAAGACCUAGUAAAUCGUCGAAAAAAGCCACAAAGGUGCCCACUUUGAAGAUCAAAUUGGGGAAGAGGAAACGAGGCAGUUCUGACGAAGACGGCGAAAAUAGCAAAGAUGGUUCAGACAGAGAUUCGGACGCUGAAUUCGAGCAGAUGUUGCAAGACGCCGAAGAACCCAAGUCCAAUAAAUCGACCAACGAUGAUGAACCGGUUGAGCCGUCCGAAGCACCGGUCGAAGAAGAAGCACUGUUGCCGAAGCGAAAAGCCAAAACCAAGAUCGGUUGUAAGACGAAGAGGAAAAGAAAGACGAAGAGUGGGAAACCAGAAGAUGAUAACUACGAACAUCAAGAUUAUUGUGAGGUAUGUCAACAAGGUGGAGAGAUCAUCCUUUGUGAUACUUGUCCCAGGGCUUACCAUUUGGUGUGUUUGGAACCGGAAUUGGAAGAGGCGCCUGAAGGAAAGUGGAGUUGUCCACAUUGUGAAAAUGAAGGUCCUGUUGAACAAGAUGACGACGAGCACCAAGAGUUCUGCAGGGUAUGUAAGGACGGCGGGGAACUGCUAUGUUGCGAUUCUUGUACAUCUGCUUACCACACUCAUUGCCUAAACCCUCCGCUGACCGACAUCCCCGACGGCGACUGGAAAUGUCCCAGAUGCGGAUGUCCGCCGUUAGUCGGAAAAGUAGCUAAAAUUCUCACCUGGAAAUGGGUGGACGAUCCUCCGAAGAAAAAGGAAAAUGGCGAAGACGAAAGCCCCACCAGACACAGGGAGUUCUUUGUCAAAUGGCAUGAGCUCUCAUAUAGACAUUGCAGUUGGAUAACCGAGCUCCAAUUGGACGUGUACCAUCCGCUAAUGUUCCGCAGCUACUCGCGAAAAUGGGACAUGGAGGAACCGCCGAAACUGGAAGAACCAAUCGACGAAUCCGACUCAAGAUGCACAAGGUUACUAAAAAUGGGCGGUAACAACAACGACGAAGAGCUAGAAGAGAAAUUCUACAAGUACGGCAUCAAACCCGAAUGGUUGGUGGUCCAUCGCGUGAUCAACCAUCGAACGAUGCGCGACGGUCGCACUUUGUACCUCGUCAAAUGGCGCGAAUUGACCUACGAUCAAGCCACUUGGGAAGAGGAGACCGAAGAUAUUCCCGGACUUAAGGCCGCUAUAGAAUAUUACACCGAUCUAAGAGCGGCUUGUUUAAGCGGCGCCGCCGGAGCCAAAAACAAGAAGGGCAAAGGGAAGAAACCGAAGGCGAAGGAAUUGAUGGACGACGAUGACAGAAUUGGACCGCGCCGGUACACCCCUCCCCCUGAGAAACCUUGCAGCGAUCUCAAGAAGAAACUGGAAAAACAACCCAGUUACCUAGAUGAAAGUGGCCUGCUGCACGAAUACCAACUGGAAGGUCUGAACUGGUUGAGGUACUCGUGGGCCAACGGUAUCGAUACCAUCCUCGCCGACGAGAUGGGUCUCGGUAAAACCAUCCAGACCAUCGUCUUCUUGUACUCAUUGUACAAGGAGGGCCACUGCAGAGGACCGUUUUUGAUCAGUGUACCGCUGUCGACCAUCAUCAAUUGGGAGAGGGAGUUCGAGCAGUGGGCGCCGGAUUUUUACUGCAUCACAUAUGUCGGUGACAAGGAUUGCAGGGCGGUAAUUCGUGAGAAUGAAAUUAGUUUCGAAGAAGGAGCAGUCCGAGGCAGCCGCGCCUCCCGAAUCAGAGCCGGUUCUAUUAAAUUCAACGUCUUACUGACGAGUUACGAGUUGGUUUCUAUCGAUUCGGCUUGCUUGGGAUCGAUAGAAUGGGCCGUAUUGGUCGUGGACGAAGCCCACAGGCUGAAGAGUAACCAAUCUAAGUUCUUUAAAUUCCUGAACAGCUAUAACAUAGCUUACAAGCUGCUGUUGACCGGUACGCCGUUGCAAAACAAUCUCGAGGAACUGUUUCAUUUGUUGAACUUCUUGAACAGCGAGAAAUUCAACGAUCUGACUACUUUCCAGGCCGAAUUUGCGGAUAUUUCGAAGGAAGAUCAGGUGAAAAAAUUGCACGAAAUGUUGGGACCGCACAUGUUGCGUCGUCUCAAGGCCGACGUACUUAAAAACAUGCCCUCGAAGUCCGAAUUCAUUGUCAGAGUGGAACUGUCGCCGAUGCAGAAAAAGUACUACAAAUACAUUUUGACCAGGAACUUUGAGGCGUUGAACCCGAAAGGCGGUGGACAACAGGUAUCUCUAUUGAACAUCAUGAUGGAUUUAAAGAAAUGUUGUAACCAUCCUUACUUAUUCCCGGCCGCGUCCGAAGAAGCCCCGUUGGGGCCGCACGGAAACUGGGACGUGGGCCAUUUGACCAGAGCUUCAGGAAAAUUAGUUUUAUUAUGUAAAAUGUUGAGAAAACUUCGCGAGCAAGGCCACAGGGUGCUCAUCUUCUCGCAGAUGACCAAGAUGUUGGACAUAUUGGAGGAUUUCCUCGAAGGAGAGGGAUACAAAUACGAACGUAUCGACGGUGCUAUAACAGGAAGUCUUCGUCAAGAGGCCAUCGAUAGAUUCAACGCGCCCGGCGCACCGCAAUUCGUAUUUUUACUUUCGACCAGAGCCGGUGGUCUAGGUAUCAAUUUAGCCACUGCCGACACUGUCAUCAUUUACGAUUCCGAUUGGAAUCCUCACAACGAUAUCCAGGCAUUUUCUCGUGCCCAUCGUAUCGGUCAAUGCAACAAAGUAAUGAUCUAUCGUUUCGUGACGAGGAACAGUGUUGAAGAGCGAGUAACUCAAGUGGCAAAGAGGAAAAUGAUGUUGACGCAUUUGGUCGUGCGACCCGGAAUGGGUGGCAAGGGCGCCAAUUUCACCAAACAGGAAUUGGACGAUAUCCUGCGAUUCGGUACAGAGGAACUGUUUAAGGAAAGCGAAGUAGGUAAAGAAGAUGAGGCCAUCCACUACGACGAUCGAGCCGUUGGAGAAUUGCUCGAUCGUAGCAAAGAAGGUAUCGAACAAAAGGAGAGUUGGGCUAAUGAGUAUCUUAGUUCGUUCAAAGUUGCCAGUUAUGUUACUAAAGAGGGCGAAACGGAAGAAGAGGUCGACACUGAGAUUAUCAAACAGGAAGCUGAAAAUACCGAUCCUGCUUAUUGGAUCAAGUUGCUGAGGCAUCACUACGAGCAACAGCAGGAAGAUAUCGCCAGGACGCUGGGUAAGGGAAAGAGAGUGAGGAAACAAGUGAAUUACAACGAUGGAGGCAUGACAACCGAUACCAGGGAAGAUACUACGUGGCAGGAAAAUUUGUCCGAUUACCAUUCGGACUUUUCCGCCGGUUCCGAUGAGGAUAAGGAGGACGACGAUUUCGAUGAAAAGAACGAUGCAGAUCUUAGCAGGAGAAGCCGCAGGAAGAUGGAGCGCAAAGACGAAAAAGACCGCCCUCUACCGCCUCUCCUUGCCCGAGUGGGCGGCAACAUCGAGGUCCUCGGCUUCAACGCGCGCCAACGCAAAGCCUUCCUCAACGCCAUCAUGCGCUACGGCAUGCCGCCGCAAGACGCCUUCAACUCCCAGUGGUUGGUCAGAGAUCUCCGAGGCAAAUCGGAGAAGAUAUUCAAGGCGUACGUUUCGUUAUUCAUGCGCCAUCUUUGCGAACCCGGCGCCGACAAUGCAGAUACUUUCGCCGAUGGGGUUCCUAGAGAAGGACUAAGUAGACAGCACGUUUUAACUAGAAUCGGAGUGAUGUCUUUGAUUAGGAAGAAGGUGCAGGAAUUCGAACAUAUUAAUGGGGAAUACAGCAUGCCGGAGGUGAUUAAGAAAACCAUAAUGGAACAAAAACCUAGCUUAACUCCUACUACUGAAGGAGAAACUCCAAAGAGCGCGACUACUAGUACUAGCGCAACUCCUGCUACGAGCGCAGCGCCCAGUCCGGCGCCCACUCAAGUUGAAGACAAAGAGAAGGAAGAGAAGCCUCAAAUCGACGAAACUAAAGAAAAAGACAAGGAUAAAGAAAAAGAAGUUAAAAUGGAACCAGAAGAACCCAGCACUGAUAAAGACAAAGAAAAGGAAACGGAUAAGGAUAAGGACGUUAAAGAAAAAAUGGAGGUGGAUGACGUCAAACCGGCCUCUCCUAAACCUGUUAUUUCACCCAAAACGGAAACGCCUGAAGCUCCUUCUUCCGAAGCCGAUAAAUCCGAGGUGAAAUCUGAAGUGGAUUCUGCAUCGGUAACCAGCGAGGAAAAGGAUAAGAAGGAAGAAAAGCAGGAGGAAGUAGUGAAAAAGGAACCAACGCCGAUAAUAGAAGAAGUGGUUACGAAACCGAUCACGAAGGAAGAAGUUAAAGAAGAAGUUGUUCCCCCGGUUGUUGAAGAAACUACAGAAAUUAAGAAGGAGGAAGAGGCCGAAAAGAAGGAAGAAAAGGUCAACCUUAAAGUGGAGAAGAAAGAGGAAGAAGAAGUGAUGGUUGUUGAAACCGAAGACGGCAAAGAUAAGCCGAAAGAGAAAAAAGAAAUCGACUUGGAAGCCAAGAAACGUUUCAUGUUCAACAUCGCCGACGGCGGUUUCACCGAACUGCACACUCUAUGGUUGAACGAAGAGAAAGCUGCGUCUCCGGGUAGAGAAUACGAAAUCUGGCACCGACGACACGAUUAUUGGCUGUUGGCCGGUAUAGUGACGCACGGGUACGGCAGGUGGCAGGACAUCCAAGCUGACGCGCGGUUCGCCAUCAUCAACGAACCGUUCAAGAUGGACGUCGGCAAGGGAAAUUUCUUGGAGAUCAAGAACAAGUUCCUCGCUAGGAGGUUCAAGCUUUUGGAACAAGCUCUCGUGAUUGAGGAACAAUUAAGGCGCGCCGCUUACCUGAAUCUCACGCAGGACCCCAAUCAUCCAGCGAUGUCCUUGAAUGCACGCUUCGCCGAGGUGGAGUGCCUGGCUGAGUCCCAUCAACACCUCAGCAAAGAGUCUUUGGCAGGAAACAAACCCGCCAAUGCUGUACUCCACAAGGUUCUUAACCAAUUGGAGGAAUUAUUGUCGGACAUGAAAUCCGACGUGUCCAGAUUGCCCGCGACGUUGGCCAGAAUACCGCCAGUAGCUCAGAGGUUGCAGAUGUCCGAGAGGAGUAUCUUAUCGAGAUUGGCGGCCACUUCGUCGUCCAGCAAUCAAUCCACAACGCAAGUGAUGAGCCAGUUCCCCCCAGGCUUCAACGCCGGCAAUCUGCCCGGUUUUACCGGUUCGACGGCCAACUUCUCCAAUUUCCGGCCCCAGUACUCCGUGCCCGGCCAGCCUCCCGCGGGAUUCCCCUCAUAAUAUUUAGUUUUCUAAGUAAUCACGACAUAGCUCAAAUCCCUAAACUAAUUUAUUCUUUUUUGUGUUUCCUUUGUUUGUUUUGUUUUUCUUUUAAAUCAAUCAAUCAAAUCAACCAAAUUACACGCAAAUAUUUAUUUCGACGAUUUUUUUUUUUAGAUUUCAUACUAAUGGGAAAGAUUUUUUGUCUGAAAUUUAUUUAUACAUAUACAGACUUUCAAAAUUACAUAAAAUUUAUAAUUUGGAUGAUGCAACGUUGCAAAUGUAAAGAUAAUUUUUAAUUUCUGAUUUACUACAGGAAAAUUAAUUCCAGACCACUCUGUGUAUGAGUUUGUUUUUUUUUUUUUAAUUUGACGCUGUAAAAAUCGGUGAUAAAAUUUUCGUAUUUAGACCUGCAAAUACAGUUUAUUUUUUGUUUGUUAUAUUUUUUUUUUUGUUAAGUAGGAGCAAAUAAUAGAACUUGUAUGUGUACAUUUUUUUAAAAAAUUUCGGAUCUGUGCUACAGGCAGAAAGUAUUAGUAUGUUUAUCGGUUUUUUUAUUACUUAAGC